CGCCGCGCACGCGUCACCUCUGCACCCGCCGUCUCGAUAAUGUUCGCCGCCACGAUCGCGCGCGCGACGCGCCCGAGCGCCCUCCGCGCGUCCGCGUCCGCGUUCGCCUCACGCGGACGCGUCGCGGCCCCGACGACGUCGUCGCGUCGUAGUCCGCGAUCUCGUCAUCCUCAAUCGUCGUCGUCGCGUCGAUCGAUGGCCGCGUCCGCGUCCGCGAACCCGAUCGCGACGUUCGAUACCACCCUCGGAACGUUCGAAGCGGAGCUCUUCAUGGACAAGAUGCCGAUCACCGCGUCCAACUUCGCAGACCUCGCGAACAGCGGGUUCUACGACGGCCUUCACUUCCACCGCGUCAUCGACGGAUUCAUGCUUCAGUUCGGCUGCCCGCACUCCGCCGACCCCAAAUCCAACCGCGCGGGCACGGGCGGUCCGCCCGGCGGGUCAAGCUUCGAGACCCCGACCGGCGAGACGGUCAAACGCGACGGCGGCGGGAACAUCCCCGAUGAGUUGAUCGACAAGACCUCGAACAAGCCGGGGACGCUGUCGAUGGCGAACACGGGGCAGCCGAACAGCGGCGGAUCGCAGUUUUUCAUCAACACGGUGCAUAACGACUUUCUGGACUGGUUCGGCCCCGGCCAAUCGAAGCACCCCGUCUUCGGCGCGGUGAUCAGCGGCAUGGACGUCGUGGAGAAGAUCGGGAAGACGAAGACCGACCGCGGCGACGCCCCGGUGACGCCCGUGAAGAUGAACUCGCUCAAGGUCAAGUGAAGCGACACGGACGCGACAUAAUAUCCAACUGACGAAUGUAUGAAA